GACUCCCCGGAGUCUCCGUCGAAAAGACCUGGCAACGACCGGUGUAACUCCCGUAAAACAGCAAUCUCCCAGUCUUGAAGCGCCUGGAGACAUUCCUAAGCACACACUUGUGGACAUUUCUCGCAGAGCUCUCAGUAAAGGGAAAGUAAAAUCUACUUCUUCCAAAUUCAAGAUUGUAGGUUAAAGACAACAUUCUCAACAAUCCGGCGCCCACACCAACCAAGCAAUAUCGAGAAAGAUUUCCUUCAAAUCAAGAACCCACUUCAGAAAGUUGCUUAAUUUCCCAAAUUCACGUGUAAGAAAGCCAUUCUUGAAGCGCUAAAGUUUGAAUCAUUGAAGAAGAGCACCAAGAAAUGAGCUCAAGCGAGUGGUAUUCACUAUUCAGAGAGAGGAGAUAAGAAGUUGAAGAUAAAAAAUCAACUCGUAUUUCCCAGAAGGAAUUGUGAAACACAUUGUCCUUGCCGCCAUAUGAUGGUGUGGAUCAAAGCAGACCACACAUUAAGAAUCCUCCUCUUUCAGCGCCAUCUCUAUCAUCCUCAAGCCUCCUUCUUCAUCGGCUCUCCAUCAGGCACUGCAUCAGACUCAAGGAUUAUUAAAAAUGCAUUAAGGAGGGAAGAUAAGCUUAAAAUCCCCGAAGGUAAAUAUUAUCUCGUGGAUGCUGGGUUCAUGUUAACAAGAGGACUAAUAACACCUUAUCGAGGAGUCCGCUAUCAUUUGAAAGAAUUCGCAUGGAAUCCAAUAACUCAUUUGUGGGAUGCUGAGCCUGAAGUUUGGGAUGCUUUGAUUAAGGCUAAACCUAAAGCAGCUGAUUGGAGAAACACCCCUUUUCCAAACUAUGAAAAGAUGAUGAUAUUAUACAGAGUAAAUAGAGCUAAUGGAGAUGAGGGGGAGACAAUGCAAGAGUGGAAGAAGAGACAUCGUUCUUCAGGGGAUGGUAUGGGGACUAUUCACGAUAUUGAUCUUAAUAGUGACAUAUUUGUUGAAGAUUACUCACCUAGGCAACGAGCUUCACCUGAAGACGGUCAUUCUAGUCAUGUUAACAAUGCCUCCAGCAAAAAGCUAAAAAAGGCACCUCGAGAACCUGAAAGCUUCAAAGAAUUGACAGGAGCAAUUUAUGCAAUGGUGACAUCACUAGACAAAGGCAAUGAAGCAAUUAUACAAGGAAAUUUGGUUUUACAGAGAGCUUCGGACAGCAAGAGAGAAGUGCCUCAAUUGUCUGGUGAAGAACUAUGCAGAAUACUCGAAGAAUGUGGGUGUGAUGCUAACAAAAUACCAGACAUAUAUUGCUUCCUUAUGAGUGAUGAUGAAAAGCUCAGGACUGCAGUCCAAUCUCCGGUCUCAAUUAGGAAGCAAUUAAGAAGUGGUUUGGAGACCACAAGGGUAAGUGUUGAUUUAAAUUUGGAGAAUCAGGUCAGUAUUUCUGAGGUUGCUACUUCUUUUGAUUCUGAAUUAGAAUCUGAAACUGAGGUAAUUGUUUCUCCUGUCCAAUCACAUAAUAACAUGGCAACUUUAAGGGAGCUAGCUGCACCUGACCUUCAGACCCAGCCCAUGUCCAUUACUUAUGCUGUUUUGGAAAAACCAUUGAAAUUAAACUCUGGAUUUUUGAAUAUGCUUCCCAAGUUUCAUGGCCUGCCUGGUGAAGACCCUUAUAGACAUGUUAAUGAGUUCCUCAUAACAUGUGCAGCCAUGAAACCUGAAGGAGUUCCUCAAGAACAAAUCAGACUUAGGGCUUUUCCCUUUUCAGUGAUGGACAGAGCAAAAGAUUGGCUGUACUAAUAUGCCUCCUGGAUCUUUUACAACCUGGCCAUCACUGCAUAGGGCAUUCUUAGAGGAGUUCUUUCCUGCCUCUAGAAUAGGAUCUAUUAGGAAGGACAUCUGUGGGAUAAAACAAAUGGGGAAUGAAUCAUUUUCUGAAUAUUGGAAGAGAUUCAAUAAACUCUAGGCUAGUUG